AUGAUCCGAAGGAGCCGGGACAGAUCUUUUUAUUUGCUUCUACCCGCUGAAGGGUUCUUACAGAAAGAUGCGAGGGGCGGAAUGCCGGUGGAGUUUUACACAGGCCUGCUUGCCUGCUUAGCAAAGCACGGAGCUUACAGUCGCCGCUCACCGAUGCCCCAUUUUGGCGGUGGACGUUUUUUGCCGUCGCAGCUGGCAGAGCUUUUUCAGGCAGCUGUCCGAACCGGCCUGCAAACACGACCGUACGAAACGUCUCAGCGCAGCAAUCGUUAUUACACCGCCAUCACCAUCAUGGCUACUGCAGAGGUACCGAGCCUUGCGAUUCCAGGCAGCGUGCUUGGUCCCGCAACCAAAUACGCGCCCGGCGCGGGAACGCACAUCUUUGAAGGCAACGUGGUGGCGUCGUUGAUGGGCAAUGUGACGGUCACGCCUCCAGCCAAGACGCCCGGCCCCGCGAAACGAUUGAACAAAAUCACGGCGCCUACAUCCGAAGAAUUAUAUACGAUUACUGUUGCGCGCCUCGGCCGCAAGCGCGAGAUCCUUCCCGACGUCAACAACAUUGUGCUGGCUCGUGUGGUGCGCUUGAUGCCCAAGCAAGCCAUUGUCGUGAUCCAGCAGGUCGGUGACACUGUGCUGCAGACGGAAUGGCAGGGCGUGAUUCGCGUGCAGGAUGUGCGCGCCACGGAAAAGGACAAGGUGAAAAUAUACGAAUCAUUCAAGCCUGGCGAUAUUGUGCGGGCUCAGGUGAUUUCGCUGGGAGACCAAGCCAAUUAUUACCUGUCGACGGCAUCGAACGAGCUCGGCGUCAUCAUGGCGACCAGCGAGGCCGGUAACGACAUGGUGCCAGUCAGCUGGAAGGACUUCAAGGAUCCCGAGACAGGCGCAAGCGAGCUGCGCAAGGUUGCCAAGCCGAGCUGA